AUAGUAUUUCAGAAUUUAUAAAUGGACGUUUCUACAUUUUAUAAGAAACGGAAAAAAGAAAAGGAAGAUAUUGAAAGUAGUUCCUCCAAAGUUCAAAGGCAAUUGGCAAGAAUAGAAUAUUCAAUUUUGGCUCCUUCAUCGAAACUCAAGUUGUUUCAUAAACAGGAGGAUGCAAUUAAAUACAGAGGAUCUGAUAAUUCACUCGGGGUAUUUUCUUUCGAGCAUUCUACAGGUGGUAAGCGAAUGUUCCUUGUAUCUGGCGAGCUUGUAUUUUGGAAUCAUUACAUAGAUCUAACUAACCUUCAGAGGAGACACUACGAGGUUAUUGCUGAGCAGAGACCCUGUAAACUGUACCUAGAUCUAGAGUUUAAGAAACGUGAUAAUGAAAAAUUGGAUGGAAACACAAUGGUGAAUAAUCUUAUUCAGGCGUUAAAUACAUUUCUCCAGAAAACCCUCCAGGUUACAGGAUACAAGGAGGAUAUAUUGAUCCUUGACUCAAGUUCCGAGAAAAAGUUUUCUAAUCACCUGAUCUACCCUGGGCUAGUGUUUAGGAACAACCAGGAGAUGGGUCAUCUUAUCAGAAGUUUUGUGGAUAGUUUGAUACCAGUUGAAGCAAAGCAGUUUCAAGUGAAAAAGGGGGAUGAGAUACAAUGGUUUAUUGAUCUAGGGGUUUACACAAAAAAUAGAAAUUUCCGUUUAUAUCUCUCUGCUAAAUACGGAAAAUCAGAAAUUUUAACAGUGUCCGCUAAUGAUAUUUACACAGUCAAACUUUUAGAAGAAAAUCAUCACCAACACAAAUUUGAUCUUGAAAAGGAAAUCUUUUUUUCCUCUCUUGUCACAUAUACUCCGGGAAUCACAGACUUUAUUUCAUUCAAAACUGAACUAACCCAAAGCUGCAGGAAGAAAAGUGAACAACCCGCGGCAAAACUGACAAAUCUGCGCACUGGUGAAAAAUCGCCUUUUCUUGAGAUUGAUGAUUUUGUGAUGAAAAUAAUUGCUCCUGGUUUUAUCAGGAAAUGGAACUAUAUUCAGGAAGAAUCAAUAAUUAUUUAUGACGUUGGGGGAACAAGAUACUGUGGCAAUGUGGGUAGAGAGCAUAAAUCCAAUAAUAUCAGGUUUGUUUGUAGUCUAAAACUGGGAAUCCUAAACCAGAAAUGUUAUGACCCAGACUGUGCACAUUAUAGGGGACCUGAUAUCCCUAUUGCCCCCGAGCUUCUGCCCUGGACCCAGUUUACAGAUUGGGACCCUGAGAGUACUGGAGAGGGACCAGGAGACCCUGAAGGUACUAGAGAGAAGGAGGACCCUCAAUGAUGGCUGGUGGAGGGACCAGGGGACCCUGAUGGUACUGGAGAAAAGGAGGACUCUCUUCGAGGGCUUGGGAAAGGACCGGGGACUCUGAGCUUACAGGAGGGGAGGACCCUCUUCGCGGGCUUGGGGAAGGACCAGGGGACCCUAAUGGUACUGUAGAGGAAGACCCUCUACGAGGUCUUUGGGAGGGACACCGAACUAGGGGACCCUAAAGAUACUGGAGAGGAGGGCCCUCUACUAAACAAGUCCUGAAAGAUUGUGAUAAAGACGAAGAAACUGUAAUUUGUUAGUUGGUUGCAAAUAAUAUUAAGUGUGGGUAAGAUCAAUUUUUUAAAAUUUUCUAAUCUGAUUGAUUUUAUCUAGAAGGGAAUUUUACUCUGACUUUUAAUUAUUUUAAGUUCUUUUUGAACAGAAGAAAACAUUUGUUAGUGGAAGGACUGAAUUCCCGCUAAGAGUUGUUAAAUGGAAACACAUCCUGAUAAGGAAUAAUUUAACGUCAUUAUAAAAACACUUAUUUUUGACUAUUUAAAAUAGUCCUCCUUUGUCUCUUUUUUAAUUUUUUUUUAUCCAUUCCUUUUCUUAGACAAAAAUUUAAGCAGAAUCAGAAAAUGUAUCAAUCAUGUGUAGACAUGAUUGAUAGAACGCAGCUACUAGCUAGAACUUAAAAGCAACGGAAGUGUUUUCUGUAAAAAUUUUAUUGGGGGGGGGGGGGGGGCGUGUCAAAAAUAUCACAGUGCAGAAUGAGUUGAUUAUACAUUAAGAAAUAUCUCUCUGCAUUUUUUGUUUGCAAAGAUCGUGAGUAUUUCGACAUGUGGUGCUACAUUUUGAUAAAUUUUUGUAAAAUUAUGAACCAGUGAUAUUGAUAAUAUGUGAGUGAUUAUAAAACGUAAUUUAUAUAUCUACAAUAAAUCAAAUACUUGAAA